GUAUAUUGCAUACGUUUUGUCAGUUUUAUUUCAGUGUUUCGCGUGAUUAGUUCGUUAACGGUUUUGACAAUUUGUGUGUAUUUAUUAAUUAUUCCUGUAAGAGAAAUGAGACGUGCUGAUAAAAUACUGAACAUGCUAAAAAAGUAAUAUGUGACAGAUCCAAUGUCUCGAUCUCCACUGAAUGACACGACCAAUACAAAAUUGGGAUCAUCUUUUAUAGAGAGUGUAAUUGGACAAGAAAAAGAGGCAUCCUCAGGGUUUCCAACAUCAUUGAUUGAUGCCGCCACAGAGAAGAAGAUCUAUCCAACUUUGACUCCAGUUGUCGAGAGAGAGAUUUCAGACAUAUAUCAACCAAUCCAACCUGAGCCAACUUUGACGUCAUUUUCUGUCGAACUAGAUACAGCGGUAGACAAAGACGUCAGCCUAAAUUCUGAUAAUUUUCGUCAAGAUAGUCAGUCGGAUCCUCCUCAAAUAAGUGACCAGGAUUCUGAUGAAUGUAUGGAGGAUACAGACUAUAUUCCUUCAGAUAAUGAAAGUGAUAAUUCAGAUACCAGUGAAGAUAAGUUUACAGCAGCCGAUGAAAAAACAAAUUUAAACGAAAAUAGUCAAGUAGGACCUAAAAGAAGCCGAUGGAACACCCCAAGACCAUCUGUGUGGAAAAGACAUGUUGCAAAAAGCAAACGAAUUGAAGGAAAACCCUACAAAAGUACCACUGGUAGAAUGCAAGCUCCUAAAAUUCCGAAGACGGUUGAUUGCUCUAAAUGUCGAUUCAAGUGCCAAAAUAACUUUUCUGAGGAGAACCGUAAGUUGCUUUGCCAAACUUAUGCGAUGUUGUCAUUUCAAAGACAAAAAGAUUUUAUAUUAUUGAAUGUGCUUUCAAAUGAAGUAAAGAGUCGCAGGCCGAGAAAAGGAGAAAAUAGCAAAAUGCGAUCCAACACAAAAUCCUACUUUCUUACAAGAAUGGGAAAGAAAAUUCAAAUGUGUCAGAAAUUUUUUUGUAAAACAUUGUCUAUUUCCAAUAUGCCUAUAAUUAACGCCUUUAAACAGCAGAAUGAAAGCGGCGAAUAUAGUGGAAUAGAUAGAAGGGGCCGUAAGAUUCCUGGCAAUAAAACUUCAGAGGAACCGAGAAUAAGAGCUAAAAAACACAUUGAAAGCUUCCCUGUUUUGAAAAGCAUACACGUUUUGUUUUGUUAAACCUGUUUUUUGUAUUAUACUAAUGUUCUUGUUUUGUGAAAAUUUACAUGAAAAAAGUAAAUUACUUAUAUAAGCAAAAAUUAUUGUAUUAUUUACAAUGUGAACGAAGCCUGCAAUAAUCGUACGACAGUAAGUAAAUAAAAAAAUAUA